AAGGGUAUAUAAAACGCGGAUACGAGGUCUUGUACAUGACUGAUUCAAUUGAUGAAAUGCUUGUUCAACGUAUGCCUGGUCACGGAGGCAAAAUGUUCCAUAAUAUAGCCAAAGAUUCUGAUAUCGAUGACAUUGAUGUGGAAAAGAAGGCGCAAUUGAAAUUCAAAUUUCUUAAAUUGAUGAACUGGAUGCAAACUACGCUUUCGGAUUAUGUUGAGAAAGUCAAACUAUCUACUCGCCUCGUUGAGUCGCCUUGUGCCGUUGCCGCAAACCAAUGGGAUUGGACUGGAACAAUGCAUCGAAUCAUGUCCG